AUGGCACAAACUAACCCGUACGGACCCAAUCCUAGCGAUUUUCUUUCGAAUGUGUCCAAAUUCCAGAUCAUCGAUAGCACCCUGAGAGAGGGAGAGCAGUUUGCGAAUGCAUUUUUCACCCUAGACAUGAAGUUAAAGAUCGCCAAAGCACUUGACGAGUUUGGUGUGGAUUACAUCGAGCUGACGUCGCCUGUGGCGUCCGAGCAGGCGCGCGAGGAGGUUGAGGCCAUCUGCAAGCUCGGAUUGAAGACAUCCAAGAUUCUCACGCACAUUAGGUGCCACAUGCACGACGCAAAAGUGGCCGUGGAGACCGGGGUGGACGGAGUGAAUAUCUUCAUUGGAACUUCGAGCUUUUUGAGACAGCAUUCCCACGGUAAGGACAUGUCGUACAUCACCAAGUCUGCCAUUGAGGUGAUUGAGUUUGUCAAGUCCAAAGGUGUUGAGGUGCGGUUCAGUACCGAAGAUUCGUUCAGAUCUGACAUUGUGGAUCUGCUCAACAUUUACAGCACCGUCGACAAGCUCGGCGUGAAUAGAAUUGGCAUUGCCGACACUGUUGGUGGCGCCAAUCCUAGACAGGUUUACGAGCUUAUCAGAACGAUCAAGUCGGUUGUUUCAUGCGAUAUUGAGACCCAUUUCCACAACGACACCGGUUGCGCCAUCGCCAACGCUUACACCGCCCUCGAGGCCGGAGCCAAAUACAUCGACACGUGUGUGCUGGGUAUUGGAGAGAGAAACGGAAUUGUGCCGCUGGGUGGAUUUAUGGCCAGAAUGAUUGUUGCUGACCCAGACUACGUCAAGUCCAAAUACCAGCUGAAAAAAAUUAGAGACCUUGAAAACUUGGUGGCAGAUAUUGUGCAGGUCAACAUCCCGUUCAACAACCCCAUUACCGGAUUCUGCGCCUUCACCCACAAGGCCGGUAUCCACGCGAAGGCCAUUUUGGCCAAUCCAUCCACCUAUGAGAUCUUGAACCCUGAAGAUUUUGGUCUCUCGAGAUACAUCCACUUCGCCAACAGGCUGACCGGGUGGAACGCUAUCAAGAGCCGUGUGGAACAGCUGAACUUGAAACUGUCGGACGACCAGAUUAAAGAGGUCACCACCAAGAUCAAGCUCAUGGGAGACGUGAGGCCGCUCAACAUUGAGGACGUGGAUUCCAUUAUCAAAGACUACCACGCGGACGUGAGCGAGGAGCACGCGAACAAGAGACAGAAAACGAACUAGACCGGGCAAUGCGUAUGUAGGUGGAAUAGAUAAGUGGCGAUUGCAAGGGUUCGAGUGUAAAGAGCGGGCAGGGAGACAGGGGGUGGGGGGUGGUAUUCACGUGACUUGCACGUGAUGUCUGAUACUUGCAGUCGCGCCCUUUUAAAAUAAUUUUUCACGAAAAUAUUUCUUCAUCCAACACCAUGCCAAGAGCUCCAAGAACCCACUCCAAGACCUACUCGGUCCCAAAGAGACCAUACGAGUCCGCCAGAUUGGAUGCCGAGCUGAAACUCGCCGGUGAAUACGGUCUGAAGAACAAGCACGAAAUCUACAGAAUUGGUUUCCAAUUGUCCAAGAUCAGAAGAGCUGCCAGAGACUUGCUUACCAGAGACGAGAAGGAUGAGAAGAGACUUUUCGAGGGUAACGCCUUGAUCAGAAGACUGGUCAGAGUCGGUAUCUUGCCAGAAGACAAGAUGAAGUUGGAUUACGUUCUGUCCCUGAAGAUUGAGGACUUCCUUGAGAGAAGACUGCAGACCCAAGUUUUCAAGCUUGGUCUUGCCAAGUCCAUUCACCACGCUAGGGUCUUGAUCACCCAAAGACACAUUGCUGUGGGAAAGCAGAUCGUGACCAUCCCAUCCUUCAUGGUCAGAUUGGACUCUCAAAAGCACAUUGACUUCGCUCCAACUUCUCCAUACGGUGGAGGAAGACCAGGUAGAAACAAGAGAAAGUCUCAGGCUUCUGCUGGUGGCGAUGCCGAGGAGGGAGAGGAAGACGACGAGUAAGUAGAUAAUCGGAAAAUACAGAUUAGCAGGAA